GUCUGAACCAAUCCGAGUGCUUGUGACUGGAGCAGCUGGUCAGAUUGCAUAUUCACUGCUGUACAGUAUUGGAAAUGGAUCUGUCUUCGGUAAAGACCAGCCUAUCAUCCUUGUGCUGUUGGAUAUCACCCCUAUGAUGGGUGUCCUGGAUGGUGUCCUGAUGGAGCUGCAGGACUGUGCCCUUCCCCUCCUGAAAGAUGUCAUUGCAACAGAUAAAGAAGAGAUUGCCUUCAAAGACCUGGACGUUGCCAUUCUCGUGGGUUCCAUGCCAAGAAGGGAUGGCAUGGAGAGGAAAGAUUUACUCAAAGCAAAUGUGAAAAUCUUCAAAUGCCAGGGUGCUGCCUUGGACAAAUAUGCUAAGAAGUCAGUUAAGGUUAUCGUGGUGGGAAACCCAGCCAAUACCAACUGCCUGACUGCCUCCAAGUCGGCUCCAUCCAUUCCCAAGGAGAACUUCAGCUGCUUGACUCGUUUGGAUCACAACCGAGCUAAAGCACAGAUUGCUCUCAAACUUGGUGUGACUUCUGAUGAUGUCAAGAAUGUCAUCAUCUGGGGAAACCAUUCCUCAACUCAGUAUCCAGAUGUCAACCAUGCCAAGGUGAAACUGCAGGCAAAGGAAGUUGGUGUUUAUGAAGCUGUGAAGGAUGACAGCUGGCUCAAGGGAGAGUUCAUCACGACUGUGCAGCAGCGCGGUGCUGCUGUCAUCAAGGCUCGAAAACUGUCCAGUGCAAUGUCUGCGGCAAAAGCCAUUUGUGACCAUGUCAGAGACAUCUGGUUUGGAACCCCAGAGGGAGAGUUUGUGUCCAUGGGCAUUAUCUCUGAUGGCAACUCCUAUGGUGUUCCUGAUGAUCUGCUCUACUCAUUCCCUGUUACAAUCAAGGAUAAGACCUGGAAAAUUGUUGAAGGUCUCCCUAUUAAUGAUUUCUCUCGUGAGAAGAUGGACCUCACUGCAAAGGAACUAGCAGAAGAAAAAGAAACUGCAUUUGAAUUUCUUUCCUCUGCCUGA